AUGUCCAAGCAACAAGGCAAGAUCAGCAAUGAAUCCAAUGCAGCAGUUGUAGCAGAUCCUCAGUCUUUAUUUCAACAAUUUGCGCCUACACUCUACUUCGAGAAACCAAAGAGUUCGCUCAGAACAGAUUGGUAUGUCAUUGCAGUCCAAGUAGUACCAGCGACUAGAGAUGCUUUUUGGGAGACAAUUAGACGUUGGACAUUAGAGCCACAAUUUGUCAUUCCACCCAUUGAAAAAGCAGAGAUCAAGUCCAGUGGCUCAGAAUCAAACCAUGACCAUGAUCAUGACAGUGCCUCUGAUACGCCCAUGGAUACCAUUAUAAGAGAAUUGAUACCGAAACGCAAAUCAAAAGAUGCUAAUCUAGCAGAGAAAGUUGAAUAUUUUGAGAGUGAUAAGGAGGCUCGAGUGAUUUACGAACCAUUAGAAUCUAAAUUGCCAUUUUACUAUCCAAAAGUCAAAGCAUACAGUUUUGUCUAUGAAUUAGGCAGUAGCGACACAUUUGAACAAAAUGACGAUGAGGAGCAAGGGACAUUGCGACUAGAGAUUAUACCAUUAGAUACACUUCAGCCAUCUGUAGCAGACCCUAAAAUGCAAUAUGCCCUCAAGACCAUCUUGCACAAGCUCUUCAAAUGGUGUAUUCAAAAGCGAUUAGGCUAUAAGAAAAAAGCCCAUCAUGACGUCUUGGUGCCCAAGGAUACGUAUCAGUCCAUGUAUCAAUACAUCAAGGCGAAAUAUGGCCCUCAUCUCGUAGCUAACUGGACUGAGAAAACUGACCCCAAAAAGUUUGUGUAUGAAGACUUAGCCAUUGCUAGUUACCUGUUGUGUAUUUGGAAGGAGGAAGAGAAAAAGACCAAGAGAAAGCAGACGUUCAUUGAUUUAGGUUGUGGAAAUGGCUUGCUCACGUUUUUAUUAUCCAGUGAGGGGUACGAGGGUUAUGGCAUUGAUAUUGCAGAUCGCAGAAUAUGGCCAGCAUUGAGUGAAAUCAACGGCCAUAAAAAAGACAUAUUACGAGUUGAAGCACUGUAUCCAGCCAAAGUGACAUAUCCUGGCACUGAGUGGUUGAUUGGCAACCAUGCAGACGAGCUAGUGCCAUGGAUUCCAAUCAUUGCAUCUAAAUCAGGAGAUAAUUGCAAAUUUAUGGUAAUCCCUUGCUGCUUUUAUGGUCUCGAUGGCACCCGUUCAUUAUCGCUUCCCUUGUCAGAAACAGUUGGCAAAUACAGAGCCUACACCGACUACAUCAAAGACAUUGCUGUCAAGGCCGGGUUUCAUGUGGAAGAAGACUAUCUGCGUAUUCCUAGCACAAAGAAUAUUGCCAUCAUAGGUAGAACCAGACAGCAACAUCAGGGUGCUGUUGAUUUGAGCCAGUCCAUUGAUAGAGCUAGCCAAGCAUUUGUGCCUCGUAAAACAGACCGGGAAAAGGAAGAGGAAAGGCAGGAGUCUUUAAAGAAGCCAAAAUUAGAAAAAUGA